AUAAACCAAUAGCUAUUCAAUGACGUUAUUUGAGUCUGGACUUUGUGUCCAAUAUCUUUCAUGAGAGAUUAUUGAUUAUCAUGACCAUGAAUCACCAAAGCAGGCUUGUAGCUAUAUAAACAGUCUACUGGAAAUUCAGGUUCAUUCAAAAAUUUUCAACAGCAAUGACACAGACAAAGGAGGAAGAAGCAAGACAGCAAAAUGUGAGCCCUUAUCAAAGUACGCAGGGCCCAACACAAGGCAUGCAGGGCCCAACACCAUCAAUGGGAGUCCCACCUCCUGUACAGAGCCCAUACAAUCAGUAUCCAGGGCAGAUUGCACCCCCUGCGUCUUACCCGAAUGUGCAAUACCCUCAGGCGGCCCCACCCACAGUACCACACUCCCCUACUCCACAACAGAUGGUUGACCCAACAAUGGCGGAACAAGGACAAAGAACAGGUGAAACUGUGAUGAUCGCACGUCAAAGACCCUUUACCCCCAAGAGCACAUGUGACGCCUACCUGCUUGGAUUUCCAUUAGGGUUUCUCGGACUCCACAACUUCUAUCUGCGGAGAUAUGGCAUGGGGAUAGUGUACUUGCUGACAUUAGGCUGUUUUGGAGUAGGAAUGGUCGUCGAUUGGUUCCGAAUGCCAUGCCUUGUAAAAGAAGCAAAUCGUAAACUUCAAAAUCCAAAUAGUACACCUAAGAAAAGUCUCGGUGACGCUUACGUGUUAUGGUUUCCAUUGGGAAUAUUUGGAUUCCACAGAUUCUACCUUGGCAGUCCCCUCAUAGGGCUUCUCUUUUUGUUCACUAUUGGGGGCUUCGGCAUCGGCUGGAUCAUCGAUGGCUUUUGCAUGAAGUCACUCGUCGACAAAAAGAAUCAACAGCUAGAGGAUGAGCGUAAUCAUGAAACCCCCAAGAGAGAUAUUGAUUUAACAACUGCGUAUGUGCUAUGUGUGGCGCCAACUGGUAUUUUUGGGGCUCAUCAUUACUACAUGGGACGAACCGGCUGGGGAAUUCUCUAUACAUUCACUGGAGGGCUAUUCUUCUUGGGCUGGCUCUUUGAUAUUUGCAGGCUGUCAUGCGUAUUCAAGAGAACGCAAGUUGAGCACAAAUCUGGAAAGGUUGACCGAAAGAAGCACCUUGAUGAUGCAUACGUUCUGUGCUUCCCGCUUUUUGGACUUCUUGGGCUUCAUCACUUCUACCUUGAACGUCACAUCUGGGGUUUGAUCUACGUCUUCACCUUUGGCCUUCUGGGUAUUGGAUGGCUCAGCGAUUUCUGCCGUCUACCAUGUCUCGUUCGUGAAUACAACAGACGUAUUGAGGAAGAAGACCAACUGAUAGAGAAUGUCACUCAAUGCCUACCACCAGGUCAAAACAACGUCAUCAUCACAGGAAACCAAAUUAUUGCGACUAAUAUGGCUGGUCAACCCUUCCAACCAUAUCCAGGCUACAACGACCCCAUCUAUGGGCAGAGAGUGGCAGAAGGACAAUUCAGUAAUAUGGGUUAUGGCAGUAAUGGUUUCACGGAGGUGUACACAGUGAACAACCUGCCAGGCCAACCUGGGGGUCUGCAGUACCCUGGGGUCCAUGCCGCCCCAGGGGUUGGGGGACACGUCUUGGAGGUACCACCAGCCUAUGACUCCCUCACAAGCCAACAGAGCUCAAUUGCAUCAUCAAAUGUAGAUGGUGCUGUGAGCAUGCAACAAGAAAAUGCCCAAAAUGAAACCAAACAAGGAGUGCCAUCUGGUGGAGCUCAGAAGCAACAACCUGAGCGCCCACCUCCUCCUUAUAAAAAGUAGACUCCAUGUAUGAGCCCUGAACUUUCAAUGAACUAGAACACUAGCCAGGACUAACGAUUUACAACAAAAAGAACUUUCGCUAAAAUUUUCAAACUAACACCUUUUGUAUUCUGGGUUUCUUUUCAUGGUUUACGACUGCAAAAAAAGAAACUCAUAUACAUUUACAGCAUCAUUGGCCUUCUUGACAUCUGGAAAGCCUAUGACAGCAGUAAGAAGGGUAGAAAUGACUAAGCAAAUAUAUCAUGACAUUCACUCUAGACUUUCUUAAAAAAUAAUGAACUUUCGUGGUUGUUUAGUGAUAUUACAGUGACCAUUAUACCAAUGAAAUAUGAGCCCUUUAUGACAGAAAACAAUUCAUAAGUACUUUUAGAACUUGAGAACUUGAAACUCAUCCUGUAUAUCAGCACAUAAAAAACAAAGUUUGAGAAACAUAAUGUCAAUGAUCAAAUUACAUGAACAAUUUUAAUAUAAUGUUAUUUAGUAAUAAAUAAGAUACUUUCUAAUGUUUAAUCUUGCUUUAAGACCAAGUUCUCCCUCUCUAUCUUACUGAGUGAGAGAGAUGGAGGAUUAAGGGUCAUAAUGUAGGAAAGAAAGAAAACUGAUAGAGGGCAGCAGUGUCUCAUGAUGAUGAGAUACUGACGCUAAAGCAAUAAUUGCAAUCUAAUGCAAUCAUAAUGGAACACCAAUGUAGCCAUGAAAUAAAUAUCUUUUAGAAAUCAGCACAUGCAUUGUUUAUAGAACCAUAACUCAUUGUUGUAAAUAUUCCAUGACAAAUGUAAAUAGUGUACAAUUUAGAAAUUGUAAAUAGGAUGUAAAAAGUUUGUACAAAAUGAAACUCCAUGGGAGAAAUAAACCCAAUAUAAUUUAUUUU